UCCGGGGUCUCGGGCUCGAGUCCCGGUGCGGUUCCUAGCGGGAGUGGCUGUUGCAAAUGUAAUGAGUCCGGGUGGGCGCCAGACUAGCUCUGGUGCUAGUCGGUAGUUGGGUCGUGGGGUCGAUUGCCCUGCGUGGCCCACUAGGACCGUCGGCGGUGUUGCGUGGGUUUGAGGAAUUCCCUACUCGGCGGUGGUUGGGAAUAGCAGGUUUAAAGAAGCGUACGCUGAAGUGAGGUAAUAAAUGACGUGCGUCAUUUAUUCAGUCGACAGUGGCUCUGGUGUAACGUUGUUGGUUAAACGCCACGUCGUACAAUAGGUGACGUUACAAGAUACAAAUUACACAAUUACACGCAACUGAGUCUGAGAGUUACUGAAUUACCGUAGCACAAGUUUACAAAAGGAAUGUUACACGAGGUUGCGUUAUACAAGUUUACGAAUGUUACGUGGAGAGAUGCAUCGCACAAGUUUACAAAAGAAAUGUUACACGAGGUUGCGUUGCACAAGUUUACAAAAGAAAAUGUUACACGAGGGUGCAUCGCACAAGGUUACAAAGAAAUGUUACAAAGUCACUAAUUAUUCCGUAUUAUCGUGUCCCUAGGUGUUUCUGAGCCUGGCUGCUCAACGAGGGGUGAGGGUGAUUGGAGGCGGCCAAUCCCGUAAAUCUGCGUACUGAGGCGGUGUUCGCGUCCACGGCAGUGGAGCGCGGACCGCAGCUAAAUUCGCUCAAAAGUUCCCUUACGGGGAGUGUCAGCGCCGGAGCGACUGAGAUUAACAAAAGUUCUGUCCUCGGGAGUCGGCCCGUACCGAAUAAUGCACCUACCCCGCGGACCAAGUGUGGUGCAGGGGGGGGGGGGUGAUAUUUAUGCGGCCGGAUUAGGUCCUGGACCGAAAAGUUGGACCGGGUACACACGGAGAGAUUAUUAAAAGGGUUUGAAGAAUGACUAUAUUUACCAGAAGUGAACUCGGUGUGGACAAAGGAUGAUGUCUCUCCGUGGGACGUGCGUCCGCCCCGGUCCACGAGUCGCGUUGAACUGGCGUCAUGUCAUGGCGUCCGGCCGAGGCUCGGUGGCCCUCGCGCCAGGGUUGACCUCAUUACAUUAAUUUCUGAUCUGAUAAGUUAAUAAGAGAAUUUAAUGAUGUUAAAUUCUUAUAUUAAUUAUAAAGGCUGAAUCAAGGUCAUUCGUCCCUUCUACGAAUUGAAAGUUAUUAUAUUUAAGAAUUAUUAUGUUUGAAUUUUUACGUCACACCAGCGACUGUUCGUCUCUUGUCAGAUUGCUCUGGUGAGGUUAAUGACGCAACACAAGGUUUGAAUAAUUAUGUCAUAAGGUCUGAUUGAUUGAUUCAGGCAGAAGGCCGCCAGGGGAACACUCACACGCGUAUUGCUGUAGUUACACACGUGAGUGCCCGGGCACUCCUAUGUCGCACUUUCGUUGACCAACUUCAAAUAAUUACGUAACACUGUUUAAUAAUCUAUGCUUGUUUUUUAAUGAGGUUGGUUAUAAUGACGGUCUGUUUAUUUGGGGGGGGCCGGGUUCUACCUUGGUUGCUGGUGGCUCGCCUGACUCGGGUGGGUCAUGGCUAGGGGCGCGUUCCGUUAGCGGGGUUGAAUACUGGCGGUUGCAGGUCGGGCUUUAGGGUGGCCUUCGGUCGGACGACGUCAAAGUUUCCGACUGUAAAUUUAUUAACAUAUUGUCUCACUGUGAACUGUUUUAGUUGGAUUUCUCCUAAUCUGACUCGAUCAUUGUCACGGGCACUUUAAUUAAGGCCAGUGGCCGUGGUGACUGGUAAUGAGGUUCGUUGUCUACUCUGUGCGUGCGGUGCUCGCACGUAGUAGCUACGACGUACUUGUUUAAUGCCUGUGAAUUAAUAAUUGUGUCCUAAUGUCUUGUUCCUUAAUGGUUUUAUGGGGUCGAGCCCCCGGGGUUUUGUGCCCUGAAGUUUAUUUGAGUCUAGUGGGUUCACGCCCGAGGCACUCGCCUGACUCAUUCCCGCUGGGUUAGGGGUGCGCUUCGAAAACAGGAUCUGGUACUAGUGGUGCGGAGCACGGGUUUAGAGGCCAUGGUUGGGACGACGUCAACAGGUGCAGACAAUUUACAUGCUAGACAUAUUAAGAUUAAUAGAAUGGGAAAUUAAUGCCACGAAUAUUUGUUUACAGACAGGUAAAAAAAUUAUUAUUUCCAAAGAAGUUUUUAAAUUUAUUUAUUUAGCCAAUUUUUUUUAGUUAAAAUGCAUCAAGUUCAGUUUAUAGUCAUGAAACAUAUGACGCUCGUUUAAUAAUUGCCUUCUUUAAAUUAAAUUAAAACUUUUUAGACAUAAAAUAUUACAAGAUCGAGCAUUCAAAGUGCACACGCCAUCGGUGUAGUUGAAGUUUAAACUCACUUGGCGCGCUGCUAACACCGAUUCGGUUGUAAACAGGGAAGAUUCCUUGCUUUAUACUCUCUCUAUUCUAUGGCAUUAUAUAGGCGUGACUUUUGUCACGUGUGCGUAAAUGUUGGUAAAUAAAAGAUAAAUAAAAUAUAUUUUGAGUAUUGAAUGAAUAUGGGACAGUCUACCAGUGUUGACGGUAGUUCCCCAGUUCCGAAUACUUUGGGGUAUUUACAAGAAGUUGUGCGUCACACGCGAUUUUUAACAGAAAUAGCUGGUCUUAGUUACGAAGAAUUUCAGCAAAAUUUGAAUGAUUUAAACAAGUUGACGCGGCAGUGCGUCAGCGCGGACGGCAAGCAGCUCCUGUUCGCAGUGAAGAAAGGCACGGACGCGAGCGUGCUGUGGAAGGGCACCGUCAGGGUGGCGUGCGUCAAGGUGGACCCCGGGACGAGGGCUGUCGAGUCGUUCCGGCUGCUCAGCCUCAGGGAGUUCCUCCGCGUGUCGAAGACCCUCCGGUCGCAGCUGCUGGCGGCCGCCCAGGGCGCCGAAGACCGGCCACCGGCCUUCUCCGUGUCGGCGCUGCUCCGGGAGAUGGAGCUGGGCGAGGACUCCGACCUGGACCGGCUGAGCGAGUGCUGCAUCUGCCUGGAGCGCAGGCCGGAGGUGAUGCUGCCCUGCGCCCACAGCUACUGCCUGCCGUGCAUCGAGCAGUGGAAGGUGAACAACAGCACGUGCCCGCUCUGCCGGGGGUACCUGGACUCCGACGAGGCGUGGGUCAUCUCGGAGGCCCCCGGCGCGCACGAGGUGAGCAGCGAGCUGUCCGAGUCGCUGAUGGCCCUCGCCUCCGAGCCCAAGCCGCCCUCGUAGCGGGGCCCCCGUCCGAGUAUCCUUCCCCCCUCCCUCCAUCCGAGAGCACGUCGCUGCAACGGCUCCCCGGCCCGGCCUGUUCUUGAUCACCGUGCCGGACCAUCGGACAUCGGCACAGUUCCGGCCGUGACUACCAAACAAAACGUCGGCACGACACAGUGACGUUCAAAAUGAGUUGCAAUAAUUAACCUGUAACGCGGCGAGGAAAAAAAAUUAAAAAAAAUAAAAGCAUGAGCUUUUGCUUCCACGUACAAAAAUAGAUUCGGCCGAAAUGAAAUCCGUGCCCGAUCGGCUCGAUUGGGGCUGUGUGCCGAUCUGAAGGACUGUCGGCUUGGAGACUGACUGACUGACAGACUGUUGAAAGGCAACAAGGUCGAUGAAAUUUUUUUUAAAAAUUUAUUUUGUCUGUCCGCUUCAAGACGAAGAGUGCAUCUUACAAAGCAGAACAUUUUGAGUUUUUUUUUUCUUCAUGUGGAGCAAGAUGAAAUGUUGCUGGAAGAAAGAGAAUUUUUGAAAAAGAAAUUUUAAAAAUUAUAACACUAUGCAUAGUAUAAAGCUGGAAUCAACAAUGCCACGACCAACACGACAGAACAAAUCGGAUUAGUAGUCAAACAACGUUCCGGUACGACAGAGUUAAUAGUGUAGGGUCACGAUAUCAUGACAACGUCAACACAACAAAAUCUAACAUGGCAGUCAGAAAAUCUUUCCAAGCCAAAUGUGACCAUAAAAUGCAGGACAUAAUGUGCCAGAAAUAGUGUAGGCCUUAUAGGAAUCAUUUAUUGCCUCGUGAUAGCUGAAGUGCAUAAACAAUAUAACAUUUAGUCAUCUCUUGCACGAAGUGAGAUUAAGUUUAUUUGAUGUACAAGGAAGCAAGAUAUAGUUAUGUUGAUAAGGGAUAUAAAAUAAUUCCACUUUUAGCUAUGCUAAAAAUUAAAAAUGGGCAUAAUGAACAGUUGAAGUCACACUACAGAUAUGAAAGUGUACCCAACCAUAUAAAACUUUAUUUCGUUUUUCAGCGUAAAGAUUUACAAAGUACUAGUUAAAUAUUUUUUGAAGUUUAGUUAUGUAAGGUUUUCGUUUUGCUUUCCAUCGUGCGGCACAACACGACGAAAUUAAAAAUAUAAUCUACUUCUUGAAGACGAUCAGCGCGUUUAUUUUGUUGUGCUGACGUCAUUGUGACCUUUGUUUUUUCAUUGGCUACUGAGCGUGAGGGACCUGUCGUGGCAUUGUGUCUCCAUCUUUAGCAUUAUUAAGUGUAUACAGGGGCGCAACAACUAAAUUUACAAAGGGGGGGCUAUAUACCUUUUUAUAAAGAAACAUAGAUCCCCCCUAUUGAAGUGGGGGGUCCGGGGGUCCUCCCCCGGGAAAAUUUGUAUUUCAAGGUGGAAAAUGGUGCUAUUUUAGCAGUUUUAUUAUCUAAAAAUUGAUUACACAGCACUUCCUUUGCCCCCGUUUGCCUCCACUUCAAAGUUUCAGAGGGGGGGCAAAAUACCCUUGCCCCCCCCCCCCCCCCUGUUGUUGCACCCCUGAGUGUAUACCUUAAUAAUUGAUAAAAAUUUGUAUGAAAUACUGAAAAAUUAUAAAUUAGGAUAUUUCAAUUAUUGUAUGUUAUACUGUGAAUGGACUUAAUAUUAAUUUGAAUAAAAUAGUAAUAAAGAAUACUUUUGACAAAGUUUAUUACCAUUAUAGAAAAUUUACAUGAGCUGAAUUUGUAAUUUUGCAAAAGGAGGGGAAUAAUCAAGUUUCUAAGUUUCAGUACUUAUAUGUUUAGGAAAAUAAGCUACCUACCUACCUGAUUUUUGGAUAGCUAGAAGAGAUAAAUAGUAAAGCUUAAUGUGUGAAUAGGACAUUCAUGACACUACUUAUAUACUACUUGCCAUUUCCAGCAUAGUUGAUAAAAAAGAUAGCUGUGUACUUAAAUGUAAAAAUAUGUUGCAUGUUACAGUACAGUUAGAGGUGUAGAAGUUUAAGUCCUGUUGUGUCUCCUAAGUGGUCGGGAAGGGAGUUGUAAUCUCUUUGUAGACGUCAAGAUUCCUUGCAAAAAACAACAUUAAAACCGGUGGUUCUUGGUAGUGUUAACAGGUUCCCUAGACCAUCACAAAAACCACCUGAAAUAAGUUGAUCCACAAGAAUGAUGAAACCACAACAAACACACAGAAAAACACGCCAAAAUCAGCCAAUCACAAAUGUUGAAUGCACGGACAGCACAGAGAAUUCCGUGGAAGGAAUUAGCAGGGAAAAACAUCAUGGUACAGACUAACACUGACAACAACGAGACAGUUGUAACAAGAACAGAAGAUACAGACAAACCUUGGACUAGACAUCGACAAAUAGAUAAUCUGUACAACACAAUAAUGACGGCACAGAUGAGCAUGCCCGUAUUUCUACCCUCUGAUCUGAAAAAUGCCAACUUUAACACCUGCACUGCGUUUUUGAUUUUUACGGACACGUAUUUAUCCGCAUCGGUAUGCUGUCAGUUAUAAACUAUUUUGAAUGACCUGCGGGACUCUUCUUCUUAAAAUACUUUAGCUGAUAACGUAGGUUUUAGUAAUGGUUCCAAAUUACUGUGUUAAAUACCAAAAUUAUGUACUAAAUAGAUUGGAAAAAAAUUUUGCUUUAUUUGAUAGUGCAACUGUUAUUAGUGACUGAUUUUUACUUUACGACAUUGGAAAAUUUUACAACUGCAUACCUAUCUACUUGAUGAUUUAUAUUUAUUGUUCCCAGGAGUUAGACAGGCACAUUUCAAAUUAUAUUGUAAAAGUGUUGUAUUCGUUGAAAAUUGUGCUAACUUUGUGAAUAAACAGAGUUCAUAAAAAAAUAAAUAACCAAUAACACUGACAUGUUAAAUGAAAUUGGUCUAAAAAUAAAAUCAUUAUAUCUUGUCUCUACUAAUUACUGUUAAUAAUCUUGGUACUUAUUAUUUAAUAUCAAGCUAUUUCUUUUUAACUCAAUGGAAUGUUAUAGUGGGAUCUGUAAGUAAUCUUAAGACAAUGCGUAAACUACCUAGUUUUAAAAAUUUAUUAUAAUUAAUACAAGUAUACAGUGAUUUUUGUUGGUGAUUCUUGAACUAAAUUGUGUGUGAAAAUAAAAUUAUUUUUGUGUGUGUAGUGGCUUGUUAACAGAAACUUAUAUGUUUUCUUCUGAUCCCAUUAAUCAAAUCAGUGCGUACAAUAUUGUUCAGUACCUAUUUAUGUGGUAUGUCAUGUGUAAUGUUUUUUUCCAUUGUGUUGCAAUUUUAUAAUUUUUGUCAGCAAGUUAUUUGUAUGUAUUCUUAUUGUAUGAAUUACCUAAAUAAUUGUUGACAUUAAACUGUUAAUGUUGAAAUGUGCUGUUCAGUAUGAAAAGUUUUGAUAAUUCAUCUUACAAUCCUCUCUGUCUGUAUUUUAAAAAAAAAUAAUGGAUAGAGCAUACAGAGUAAUUGUACAAUGUAGGAAGUGUUGGCUUGUCUUGUAUGAAUAUGCAUGGUCAGUGAUAUUAAAUUGAUAUUUAUUUUUUAA